CAGAGGCGGGGGGGGCAGCGCCGUUCGUGGAGAUCCUGGAGCAGCCCAAGCAGCGCGGGAUGAGGUUCCGCUACAAGUGCGAGGGGCGCUCGGCCGGGAGCAUCCCCGGGGAGCACAGCACCGAGACCACCAAGACCCACCCCACCAUCCGCGUGAACAACUACCGGGGCCCGGGGCGGGUGCGGGUGUCGCUGGUGACCAAGGACCCCCCCCACCGCCCCCACCCCCACGAGCUGGUGGGCAAGGACUGCAAGGACGGCUUCUACGAGGCCGAGCUGUGCCCCGAGCGCAGCAUCCACAGUUUCCAGAAUUUGGGAAUUCAGUGCGUGAAGAAGCGGGAGCUGGAGGCGGCGGUGGCCGAGCGGAUCCGCACCAAUAACAACCCCUUCAACGGUACUGGGAGCACUGGGAGGGACUGGGAGGAGACUGGGAGGGACUGGGAGAGAGCUGGGAGUUACUGGGAGGGACUGGGAAGCGCUGGAGGCUGCCGGGGCGGGGACGAGAUCUUCCUGCUCUGUGACAAGGUCCAGAAAGAGGACAUCGAGGUUCGUUUCUCGGCCGAGGGUUGGGAGGCCAAGGGCUCGUUCGCGCAGGCCGACGUUCACCGCCAGGUCGCCAUCGUGUUCCGCACGCCGCCCUUCCGGGACCCCGCGCUGCGCGCCCCGGUCACCGUCCGCAUGGAGCUGCAGCGGCCCUCGGACCGGCAGCGCAGCGCCCCGGUGGACUUCAGAUACCUGCCCCACCAGGGUGGGCUUGGGGAGGGGGCUGGGGGCACUUCUGGGGUGCCUGGG